ACAGAAGGCAGACUAUUUGGACUAUGACGCUGGUGCAAUGAUCGUUUCUGUUAGCGAUUGAAACAGAGCUUGACUUAACCUUUGAAUAUAAAACAGAUGAGAUGAAAUCUGUUGUAGUUACAUGCAAACGGGGGUAUUAGAGAAGGUUGCAGGCGGUUCUACUCCGGGUAUGGAAAAUUCCGGUACGUUGCGGUGGCUUCCAUACAGAGUGGAGUGCGGUCUGUGCGCCGGUAGUAUUCACUUCGUUUCGAGCAUUUUCAGCGUCAGCCUGAGCCCCCGUUUAGCCGCACCCUGAGUUUGUCGCUACUUGCGGCUCUUUGGUUUUGCAGCUCCGGGGCUCUGCAUUACUUGGCUUAGACACGUCCAGAGGUCGUCAGGUUGUGGUUUUUGCUGUUGGGUGCUCGUUGGGUGCGCGAAUAGAGACGCUUGUUCUAGCGCAACGACGUAGAACGAGAGCUCUAAGUAUGGCGGGGGCCAUGCUGGGAUUGGGUGGAGGUUAGCGUGGGUUGGUUCGGAGAGAAGUGGUGAUGGAGGGAGGGAAUUCUCUCGUUGCGGGGCCUGAGGGGAGGAAGCGGCGUGUGUCGUAUUUUUACGAUCCUGAUGUGGGGAACUAUUACUAUGGGCAGGGACAUCCCAUGAAACCGCAUCGCAUUCGGAUGGCGCAUUCGCUAUUGGUGCACUACAAUCUGCACACGAGGAUGGAGGUCCUGCGGCCUUACCCAGCGCGUGAUCGCGACCUCUGUCGUUUUCACGCGGAUGACUAUGUGUCUUUCUUGAAAGAAGUUACUCCAGAGACGCAGCAUGACCAGAUGAGGCAACUCAAGCGCUUUAAUGUGGGUGAGGAUUGCCCUGUGUUUGAUGGGCUGUACAAUUUCUGCCAGACUUACGCGGGGGGCUCGGUCGGAGGCGCCGUCAAGCUCAAUCAUGGCCACAGCGACAUUGCCAUCAACUGGGCGGGAGGCUUGCAUCAUGCGAAAAAGUGCGAGGCUUCUGGAUUUUGCUACGUUAAUGAUAUCGUGCUUGCUAUCUUGGAGCUUCUCAAGUACCAUCAGCGAGUACUCUAUAUUGAUAUCGACAUACACCACGGAGAUGGUGUGGAGGAGGCGUUCUAUACGACUGAUAGAGUGAUGACUGUUUCUUUUCAUAAAUUUGGGGACUACUUUCCAGGGACAGGAGAUGUUCGAGACAUUGGUCAUGGAAAGGGGAAGUAUUAUUCAUUGAACGUUCCUUUGGACGAUGGGAUUGACGAUGAGAGCUACCAAUCGCUUUUUAAGCCCAUCAUGUCGAAGGUGAUGGAAGUGUUUCAACCUGGCGCGGUGGUUCUACAAUGUGGGGCCGACUCUUUGUCGGGUGAUCGACUUGGCUGUUUCAACUUGUCUGUAAAAGGCCACGCAGAAUGUGUUCGAUUUAUGCGGUCUUUCAAUGUGCCGUUGCUGCUUGUAGGCGGUGGAGGUUAUACAAUACGCAAUGUUGCUCGCUGUUGGUGCUAUGAGACAGCUGUGGCAGUAGGAGAAGAACUAGACGACAGGUUGCCUCACCACGAAUAUUAUGAAUACUUUGGGCCUGAUUAUUCACUGCAUGUCGCACCGAGUAACAUGGCAAAUCAAAACUCAAAGAAAGAUAUUGAUAAUUUGAGGAUGAAAUUAUUGGAGAACUUAUCAAAAUUGCAGCAUGUUCCAAGUGUCCCAUUUUCCGAGAGGCCGCCAGAUACCGAACUUCCUGAAAAUGAGGAUGAAGAUUUGGAGCUUCGUGAUAAAGGUCGUACAUGGGAUGGCGAAUUAUCGGACUCCGACUCUGAGGAUCAUGAUCUAAGACGACGCAAUCAGGGUGUAUUUGCUAGUGAGACAGCAUUUCCAAGACCCCCACCACUGGGUUCAACUAGGGGGAAAUCUGAGGAAGAGAUUGGUGAAGCAAUGUCCUCGGACGACGAGAUCGAUAUGGAAGAUGAGGCUCGAAAAGGCCCCGAGGACACCAAAGAUGCUGCUGAGGAGCACGUGGAAAUGGAUGUGGAUCCAGCGGUUGAGGCUGGACCCGAGGAUGAGACACCAUCCAAUAUUGAAAUGGGUGGAGCACCCCAGGCAGAGCAAGCAGACACUUCUGCAGGAGCAGCGCCCGCAGUAGCAGUUGCACCACCAACGACCACAACCAAUGUUGACAGAGAGAGCAGCGUAUCCACAGCUGCACCUUUCCUCUUGCAUCCCUCUCCUUCAAGCACAACUGCUGCCGUAAAGCCGGCUGCAUCCUCUUCGGGUAGGGUGACAGAGCGAUCAACCGUCGCCCCUGCUGCAACAAACUUCAACCAAAGUAAUUCAUUUGGGGGCGCACCCAGUUUUACCCAAAGAUCAUACGUCCCGCCCCAGCCAAGUGCGGGGUCGAAUAUGCCCUGGCGACAGUCUCAACCUGGAAACCAUGCAAAGACUAGUAAUCAAUCCAACAAUUCACAUAGCCUUCCCCAAGCUGGUGUUCCACUGGGCAUCAGGGCAGGCCCUCCGAGUCAGGCUGGAGGAGGAGCAUCUGUUCCGGGCUCUGGCUCUGGAAUUCUGUCUCGUUCUAGUGGAAACCCAGUUCUACCUCCUGGUCGGCCAGGUGCUCCAGGCCCUGGUUCCUAUUCUGCAAGACCUGCAGGACCAACCAACCGGUUUGCUUCCACCAUCAAUCCAGGAGCUAACUUGGGAGAGCCUGCACAAACUGACAGCUGAUUGUAGAAGAUUAUUGAUUUCUAUCAAUUAAUGGACAUAAUCCACCCGAUGUCGAUCUGUAAACAGAAAAAGAUUUUCCUCAUGACUCUAGCAUGAUCUCAGCCUAACAAUGGAUUCACAUGAAGUGUAAAUUAAUACAAUUUCAGUGAAUUUAAUGUGUGCUCAUUUGUUCACGCGGAA